AUGCGGGAGAUCGUGCACGUGCAGCUGGGUCGAUGCGGAAACAACGUAGGCGGGAAGUUUUGGCAGGUGAUCGCCGACGAGCACGGCCUGACACCCGAUGGCACGUUUCGCGGAGAUUCCGAGGUGCUUCUGCAACGAAUAAACGUGUAUUUCUCGGAGGGACCAGGCUACCGGUUCGCGCCGAGGGCGGUUCUGGUCGAUUCAGACCCGGCGACCGCUAGUUCGUCCAUGUCCGGACCGUGCGGCGGAAUGUUCAAGCCCGACAACUUCGUUUCCGGUCGCGGCAGCGCGGCGAACAAUUGGGCGAAAGGUUACUGCACCGAGGGCGCGGAAUUGGCCGAGGCGACGCUGGAUCUCGUUCGCGCGGAAGCCGAAGCCUGCGAUCUGAUGCAAGGUAUUCAAAUGACGCGUUCGCUGGGGGGCGGCACCGGCUCGGGCACGGGCGGGCUGCUGAUGGGCAAGUUCAGGGAAGAGUAUCCGGGAAGAAUCGUGAAAUGCUACAGCGUGGCGCCGUCCUCGGAGACGUCGGACGUCGCGGUGGAACCGUACAACGCGAUGCUCGCUCUCCGAGCGUCGAUCGAGUGCACGGACCAAUGCUUCUGGAUGGACAACCACGCGCUGCAUCGCAUCUGCUCGCGAGUCCUCGGUAUCGCGACGCCGAGCCACGCGGACGCGAACCAUUUGAUCGCCGCGUGCAUGUCCGGGGUGACCGCCUGCGCCCGAUUUCCCGGGCAACCGAGCACCGACCUCGGCAAGCUGGGCGUCAACAUGGUCCCGUUCCCGAGACUCCACUUCUUCGUCCCCGGACACGCGCCGCUGACGUCCAGGAGUUCCGCGCGCUACAAAGUCCUUUCGGUUCCGGAACUGACGCGACAACUCUUCGAGCCUAGCAACGCGUUCGCCGCCUGCGAUCCAGCGCCGGCGGGAGCCAAGACGCUGACCGCGGCUGCCAUUUUCCGGGGUGCCGCGUCCCGCAAGCGCGUAGACGAGCAAACGUCGAAGCUACGCGACAAAAGCGGCGGCCGCUUCGUCGAGUGGAUCCCGGGGAACGUUCAGACCGCGAUCUGCGAGAUCCCUCCGCGAGGAGUCUCGACGAGCGCCACCCUGCUGGCGAACACGAGCGCGAUUCGUGCGCCGAUCGAGAGACUGUCGACCGCGUUCGACGGCAUGUUCGAGAAGAGAGCUUACGUUCAUUGGUACACGGCGGAGGGGAUGGACGAGGCGGAAUUCCUGGAGACUCGGGGAGCCGUGCGCGAUCUGAUCUCAGAGUACCGAGAAGCUGCCACGGCCGCGACGGACAACGAACAACGAUCGGACAACCUCCGAGGAGAGUGA